ACCUCGUUUUAGCUUGUAUUCUCCUUAAUUACCCAUUCAAGUGGUUCAGUGAAAGGUUUAGAGUGGAACAUGCUUAGCGGAUAAGACACUGGGGCAAGGCGAAGCGAUGGUUUGAAGUAUUCGCUGUCUUUCUGUCGCUGGCAGAAGAGAAGUGGGCGGACAUUGAGCAUCAUCUCCUCGCCUCCGCCCGCCUCCCAGAUUCCGUCCACACCGGAGGACAGAGAGCCGCAGACAGUGAGGGGCGAUGGCCGCGGGAGCAGGUUGCGGGGAGACGGUGGAGCAGUACCGGGCCGAGGUGGAGCGGCUCACCCUGGAACUAGCCGAGGCGAACCGGGAGAAGAUCCGCGCCGCGGAGUGCGGACUGGUGGUCCUGGAGGAGAACCAGGCGCUGAAGCACAAGUACGUGGAGCUGGAGAGCGAGCAGGAGGCACUCCGGAAGGAGCUGGAGCAGCUACAGGAGGCGUUCGGUCAGGCCUACACCAACCAGCGAAAGGUGGCGGAGGAUGGGGAGACGAAUGAGGAGACGCUGUUGCAGGAGUCCGCUUCCAAGGAAGCCUACUACAUGGGCCGCAUUUUGGAGCUGCAGAGUGACUUGACGCUAAGCCGCUCAGUGGCGUCCAACACCCAGUCAGAGAAUGAGAGGCUGAAUCUCCUGGCUCAGGAGCUUCGUGAGAGUAAUGAGACGCUGGAGCUGCAGAGGAACAGGAUGAGAGAAGAGAUAAAGGAAUACAAGUUCCGUGAAACCAGGCUCCUCCAGGACUACACUGAGCUGGAGGAGGAGAACAUCACCCUGCAGAAACUGGUCUCUACUCUCAAACAGAGUCAGGUCGAGUAUGAGGGUUUAAAACAUGAAAUCAAGGUGCUUGAAGAAGAGACAGUUCUCCUCAACAGUCAACUUGAGGAUGCAUUGAGGCUGAAAGAAAUCUCUGCUGUGCAACUGGAAGAAGCCCUGGACGCCCUGAAGAGCGAGCGAGAGCAAAAGAACAACCUCAGGAAAGAACUGGCCCACCACCUCAGUCUUAGCGACAGCGUGUACGGGGCCGGGGCCCACAUAGCCCUGACGGUCACUGGUGUUGAGGGCCUUAAGUUUCCAGAGGAGACCAAUGGAAGCAACGUCUCAAAUGGCACCAACGGCACUUCACUUCCUGUUGCUAACGGCAACAACGAGGACAGCAACCGGCGUAAUGCUCACAUGCACAAUGGCACCAUGUUGGCGAAGAUGAAUGUGGACUACCGUCCGGGGAAGAAGGGUGAGGGUCUGCACCCGGUGCCAGACCUCUUUAGUGAGCUCAACCUGUCGGAGAUGCAGAAGCUCAAACAGCAGCUGCUACAGGUGGAGCGUGAGAAGGCGUCGCUGCUCAUGAACCUGCAGGAGUCCGAAACCCAGCUGCAGCACACGCAGGGUGCCCUGACGGAGCAGAACGAGCGAGUGCACCGGCUCACCGAGCGAGUCAACGCCAUGAGACGUCUACACGGAGACAAAGAACUGGACGACCCUCAGGAGAGCGAGAAACACGAUGGAGGGUCGACAGCGAACGGUCACCAUGACCCAGACAUACACGGGUUUGAGGUCCUGGAGUGUAAAUAUAAAGUAGCUGUGACGGAAGUGAUCGACCUGAAAGCUGAGUUGAAGGCCCUGAAGGAGAAGUAUAACCAGGCUGUGGAAGGGAAGGACGAUGGACCCCAUGACGACAGAGUUCAUGCUCUGAGUGAACAGGUGACUCGUCUGGAGAGCAGUUGUCGAGAGCGGGGUGAACGGGUGGCCUGCCUGGAGGCAGAGCUGCGAGCUGCCACAAACACAGCUACGGAGAGUCAGGGCACGUUGAACGCGGCGCAGGAUGAGCUGGUGACCUUCAGCGAGGAGCUGGCUCAGCUCUACCACCAUGUCUGCCUGUGCAACAACGAGACGCCGAACAGAGUCAUGCUGGAUUACUAUCGGCAGAGUCGAGUGACGCGUAGCGGCAGCCUCAAGGGUUCCGAUGACCACCGAGCUUUACUGACCCCUCGACUAGCGCGGCGGCUGGCUGCGGCCGCUGCUGCCUGCUCCUCGGAGAACACACGCAGUCUCGUGGAUUCCCCCUUGAAAGAUGCAGAGACCACCACCAGUGCGCUGGACUCACCAGCUUAUCACGGCAGUCCCACACGCCACCCCGGCUCUAAUGGCUCACCAUGUCCUUCCCCUGUACCCUCCGAGUCCGGUGGAGACUUGAGGAAAGAGCCCAUGAACAUCUACAACCUGAACGCCAUUAUCAAGGACCAGAUCAAGCACCUCCAGAGGGCAGUAGACCGCUCACUCCAGCUGUCCCGACAGAGAGCAGCAGCCAGGGAACUGGCGCCGAUGCUUGAUAAGGACAAAGAGACUUGUAUGGAGGAGAUUCUUAAACUCAAGUCUUUGCUCAGCACCAAGAGAGAGCAGAUCGCAACUCUCAGGCUGGUUCUGAAGGCCAACAAGCAGACCGCAGAGAUCGCACUGGCUAAUCUGAAGAGCAAGUACGAGAACGAAAAAGCCAUGGUGACGGACACCAUGAUGAAGCUGAGGAAUGAACUGAAGGCCCUCAAAGAAGACGCUGCCACCUUCUCUUCUCUCAGAGCAAUGUUUGCCACAAGAUGUGACGAGUACGUAACCCAGCUGGAUGAGAUGCAGAGGCAGCUGGCGGCAGCGGAGGAUGAGAAAAAGACGUUGAACUCGCUGCUCAGGAUGGCCAUUCAGCAGAAGCUUGCCUUGACUCAACGACUCGAAGAUCUGGAGUUCGAUCAUGAGCAGACGCACCGCGGAAGAGGUGCCAAAGUAGCCAAAAUAAAAAGCAGCCCUCCCAAAUUUCUUAUAGAUUGUAAGCAGCCUGCUGCCUCAAUAUCGACACUCUCCCCACAACUGAGGCGAGAGAGAGACACCCGAGGCCGCAGCCCUAAAUAUCUGCAGUUCCACCAAGAAGACCAAGUGGUGCGCUCCAGCAGCCUCUCCUCUCCCUGUGACCCCCGUCUGACUCUCCAGCCCCCCGAAACCUGACUGUCUGGGCUUUGGUCAGACUGUUACAAAUCCGUCAGUGCAACUGGUCCCCGCCCCGAUGGUCCGACCAUGUGCUUGAACACUAAGCUACCCGAUCCUCCCAAUUCGUAUUCUGCAGUGAUCAAAGGAGGAAAAAGCCAGAGUGCACAGACUACUUCCUCUGCGAACUCAAAAUCCUUAACACCCAACAAACUUAAAUUCCAAACAGACAAGACACAAGAAUCCUUUUCCUGUUGUGUUCAAUUUAUCUUGGCUAUUUAUUUCUACAAAUGUUUAUCUAAAGUCCAAGUAUUACAAAAUGUAUUUAGCAUUGGCUUUAUUUGGUCUCAGUCCUGCUUUUUGUUAAAAAAAAAAUGAAUAUGUGUCACAACAAGCAAACACACAGGUGCUUUAUCGAAGAGAUCUCAUCAUGGCUAAUGUGAUAACCGUGCCCACUUCACCCAGUUCAUGUCACUUUGAGUCGCAAAACUUGGUGAGUACGGAAUCUCACUCACGUACUAUUGCAUUGAGGUCAGUUGGUUUACAAUGUGGAGAGGAUUAAGUGAUUUAAGAUUAACAUUCUCUUGUUGAAGCGAUGGCGUGGCCUCACUGGAGUUUGGGAAUUAGCUUUUCAUGGCAUGUAGUGUGAGUAAGAGACAAGGCAUGACAGAACCUCCUCAACAAGGCUGUGGACUGACUUCAUGUAGUUGAAGAUAACUUAGUCUGUUGAAGAGAUUCUUACCCUGGCUGAAGUAGUGGCGUGGUAGUUACUCUGGAGUGCCGCUCCUGUUACAGCGAACGUAUAUGAAGCAACCAAGUGACUUCGGAUGAACGACAUGAACUGACCAUGAUUUUAUUGAAGUCUUGCAACUGUGUUCAAGUGGAGUGCUCAAAUGGUGGUUUGAAACCUAAUUUAUGAGUUAAUCUCUAGGAUUAUGAUGCCAGGAUGUGACUUAAAAGAGCUACUGUGGUCACUAGAUAGUUCCUGUGACCAUGAGCUGACUUGACCUGGUGUAGGUAAAGCUGUGAGUUAGCUGACUAGCCUUAUUCGAGUUACAGUGGAAUGACUUUAUCUGGUGAUCGAGUGGUGACCAUGCUGUAUUUAAGCAGCCAUGCAGUGACUUUACUUGGUGUAAGUGACCAGUGGCAAACCGAGUACGUCCUUUCUACCAUGAUUUUUAAAUGUAUAGGUUUGAAGUUAACAAAUAAUUGACAGAACGAUUUACCAUGCAUCCAGAUGAGAUGACAUUUAUGCACUCUGGAUGAAGUGAAUUAGGCAGGGCAUAAUGUGGCACAACAUUUCAAAAUGUGCACUUUAAUAAAGCCAUAAUAUUCUACAUUUUGUCAAAUAUUUGCUUCAGGCAGUUUGAUGUCAUCGAGCCGUGUAACAGGCUGCCAUGGAUAUUUGUUACCAGCUGUUUUCAUUCAUCACAGUACAUUUUCUUCAGAAGCAGAAACGCAAAGCAAAGAAUUUCCCUCCUAACAGCCUGAGGCUCUAAAAACAACUGUCCUUAACGAUUGUUUACAUAUCAUCUUUUGUCAUUUUGUUUUGUAUUGUUUUGUUAUUUAAUUAAUUUUUAUUGGUGAUUUCUUUUUUUUUAUGCAACUCUGUUAUUUAUUUUUUUAAAGGCUGUGAUUCCUGAUCUUGUGUCUUUUUCCUAACCAGGAUUUGCUUUCCUUCACCAGAAGACCACUUAAUGCCACCAGGCAGUGACUUUUUGCUUUAUAAAGGAGAGCAUGUAGUGAUCUAACCAAAUCAUUCGAGAGUGAAUGAUGGUAAAGCCAUGAACUAGCGAUGAGGAGUUCUUAACAUGGAGGGUGUUAUGAUGACCAUUGAUAUAAUCCAGUGUGGUUUAGACAGUCACAGAGAUGUGGCCCUGUAGAGUUCAUGGACGCAGCCAUAGAUUUAACCUAGUAAAGGUACAGAAGUGGUUUGCUGUCAUCAGCUGGUUGAAGUUCCCUAUAAAGUGGCAAAACUUGCAGUGACUCUGGAGUGACUUGGAUCACAUGGGGUGCUUCAGUUUUAUGAAUCUUAAAUUAAAAGCAAAUUUCAAUCUGAACUGUAUUAUAAAGACACAUAGGCUUCCUCUCAACUCUAUGCAGUAAUGUCCAGGCACAACCAUGCAUAGUGGCAAUACACUCUGAAUUACUCCCCCGGCCAUGAAAUAACCAGCAAAAUAAUGGGGUGAGUAGAUGAGAUUAACCCUACAAGCUGGAUCUGGCGAUGUUGGUUUGGCUUACUUCAUGACACUGAAAUAUGCGGAAGAAUAACUUGUCUUGCAUAUAUAUAUAUUAUAUGCUAUGAGUUGCUGUUCAUUAAAUGCCUGAAUACUAAACUGAAGAUUCCAACUUCGGGUCGGUGCACAAUUACAACCGCAUAACUGAAACAGAUCAAUGAGGAAUUUCACUUUUCUGUGGGUGAGGUGGUGAAUAAGUGACCAAUGAUCAAUACAAUUUUACAGUCUGUCCUGUAUUUACAACAGUGUUUCAUUGGUUUCACAGGUUAAUAAAAAAAG